AUGAGCCCUCUAACCAUUACCCAAGAGACUACCGCAGCGCUGAAACAACACAUUGAUAAUGCUACACGACCGACCGCAGGCAAGUUGCCACUGCCGUCGGCCCUAGUUCAUAUAGUCGAUUUCCAUAACAAUGUCCUCUUCUCUCAUGGCUACAGUCCAUCCAAACCUCCUACGUCAGAAUCAAUAGCUAUCAUCCAAUCCCUCACAAAAAUCAUCGGUGCAAUAGCAUACAUGCAGCUUGUCGAGCAAGGUCUGGCCACUCUUGAUGACCCCACUACCAUCAGCACCUUCCUCCCAGAACUCACAUCGAAGCGAGUCCUGACCGGGUACACCGUGGACACCCAGACGGGCAGGAAGCAGUGGCAACUCGAAGAACAAAAGAGCAGUAUCACAGCCCGGAUGCUACUAAACCAUACUUACGGUGGCGGUCACACCUACUUCAACCAGCUCCUCCUAGACUACAUCCGUGAUCUCGGCGAGGGAACCUGGGAAAACGCAAACGAAGCCAACAACCCCUACGGCAUCCUCCUUGCAAGCCCUCUCCUCUGGCAACCUGGCACACACACAAACUACGGCCAGGGCCUCGACUGGCUCGCCGUGCUCAUCGAGCGCAUCACCAAGAAGCCACUAGCGGACUACCUCGAAGAAAACAUUUUCGCUCCCCUCGGACUCAGAGAGAUUGGUUUUGAGCCCGCGUUCGGAGGCGCCGUUACUGCACUUCCUGAGAAUGCGGGAAAGUUCUGGCCGAGAAACAUGAGGACGGAAAAUGGGUUUAUCGCGCUGGAUGCUGCGGAGCCAGAGGUCGUUAGGAGAUUGGAUGCGUAUCCUGAGGGACAGCAUCACGUUGGGUGUUUGGGGACGGGGCUGGUGGCUAGUGCGAGGGACUAUGCGCAUCUUGUUGCUGCGUUGCUACCGCAGAAUCAAGGUGUAGAUCCGGUGACUGGGCAUCGUAUUCUUGCUGCAGAGUCGGUGGCGGAGAUAACGAAGCCGCAGCUUGCAGAGCAUUUACGGAAUGACUCUCGUAGUCUCCCUGUUUCGGAGGCUCUGCCUAUAUUGCUCCCGGUUGACUUGUCGUCUCCUCAUCUGGAUCCGGAAGGUAGCUAUGGGCUGGGCUGUGGUGUUCAGGGCGCACAGAGAGUGCUUAGAGAUGGGAAGAGGGGUAGAAGCAAGGACACGGUCUACUGGUAUGGUGCGCCAAAUUGUGAUAUGUGGAUCGAUGGGGAGAAAGGUGUUGUAGUGACUGUUUGGGGGAGUUACUAUCCGUGGAACGAAGGCGCAUGGGUAGACUUUGUAGCGGAGGUAGAGGGAUUUGUUUAUGAGGGUCUGACACAGGAAGAGGUGACAGAAGAUAGACUGAGAGAGACAAAGCUGUUUUAG